AUGCAGAACAUCCAAUUGAAUGUUCAGGCCUCGAUCCGCGCUUUGAAUCAAUCACCGCCGAACCCGGUAUCCGUCUUGAAAUACGUCUUCGCUCCGAGGAUCAUGAGACGAGACGGAGUCUUCAUUAACCCAGAGUACUACGAGACUUUGGAGAGACGCCGACAGCAGUUCCCACCAGUUGAGGCCCACAGUGGCCAGAAGGAGGGAGAGAGUUUCACCGAGUUCUUUGCUCGGCGCAAAGCGCGCAAGCUUGCGGAGGAAAGUCCGAAACAAUUGCAAACUCGCCUCCAACGCGAAAACGCUGCGAGAAGCCAAAAUUGCCCGGGCCGGAAAGGUGCCAGAGUUUUCAUGUGGGAACAGACCGAAGGGUUCUACAUCCGUCGACUGGUUCAACGCAAUUGCGUUGAAGACGAAUGGUCCGAUUUCGCUCCCUCACAGCGGGUGUACGAUUCCUUCUCCAACAAGUGGGAUCUUUGCUCGCCACUCGACCCCGUGGCUCGAGCCGAACCGAGCGACGACAACGACAACGACAACGACGACUUCGCCGACAUAUAUGGCAGGGAAGCUCCGCUUCAGGCGGGAGACUUCGAUGCCGAGAUGCCCGACGGACUUCCUCCUCAAGUGCAAUCCACGCUUGGGAAUACGACGGCUCUUCUGAACGCACCUAUUGUGGAUGUCGCAGACCGGAACCCUGUCAGAGCCACCCUCGAGUACCGUGUCGGGUUCACCGGCGAGCCACGCGAGCCACGAGAUCUAGACGAGCUCAAGAGGCCAGAGCGCACGUUUGACGACUCUGAACUGAUGGAUGUCGGCUUGUGCCGCCGCUUUCUUGGCACUAAGCGUGUCAAUGACCUUCCGCCCGACCUCUUUGAUCUAGCAGACAAUGCACUGCAACUUAACGUCUGGAGCAAGAAAGGUGUCGAGCUAUUUGUAUGGCGGCGUUUGAGCGGUCCAGCUCAUUGUAUGUUCGUGUACGUGUUGCAUCCUGCCGAGGAAGGAUCCACCGGUCGGAAGCUGUACGUUUCAGAUGCCACCACCGCCAUUCAAGUCGCCCGACUUCGUUGUUCCACUUGGGCGGCACUCAUAUCUUGCCUGUUCGAUCUUGGGUGCGAGUUUCACAUCGUCACUGAAGCUUCCACGUUCGCAGCAUCGUCCUAUCGACCGGAUCAAUACCGGUGUCGCAGUCUCGGAGUCCGCCCAGAGGAUUACAAUCCAGAUGAGCAGGAUCGUCUCAUCUACUGGGACAUGAUGCGUUCGUUCCUUCUUUCCCCCCGUGGUCGACUUGCCCUCCAAGCAGGAGGGAUUAUCGCACGCCUAGCACGUCUGGUGAUCGAAGAUGCAGAGCUUGAGCUGAGAUCUCAUUUUGUCGAUGUCGGGACCGCCGAGGAACGCAUCGUGAAUGGUGGCACAUCGCUGUAUCAGCAUUGCUUAACUCAGGAAGAAGAAGAUCUAGUUCUGGGCGUUUACAGCAUCGAAAUGAACCAGCUGGAUCCCAAUGCUCGCAAUGGGCAUCAGGAGAAGCGCAUUUCGUGGUGGCCUCAAGCAGGAGCAUGGUAUUCGUCUGGUUUGAGUGUUGGCUGGUGGACGCCGGAUUGCGAGAGCUGGUUCCAAGGGAUUCUGGAUGAGAUGAAGACCAACAAGGCUGCCGUAAUCAACAACACCAACUGGAAGCAGCGAAUCCGUGGCUACAGCGCUGCGGGUAAACUUGCCAAGAACCUCGAAGCUGUUCACGCUGAUUUUAUUGCAACCUUACCGUACGAAGAUAUAUAG